CCCGCAGUCCUCGCGAAGCUGCUGGUUUAUUCCUUGCUUCGCCAGAAGAAGCGGACGUUUGCAGGUGCUCGCUUGGCGCGGUUCGGGCAGGGGGGAGGAACAACCCUCCCGUCUGGCUCCGCGUGCUCUCCGGGGGGGCGGGGGGGUGUCUCGGCGCCUUCAGGGACGGGCUGCAGUGUCUCCUGCUCUAAGCACCACCCAGAGCUGCGCAGAUCAGAAAACUGGAAGCAGCACUUCACCCAAUUUCUAACCAACACUAUGUACCGUCUUCCUUUCACUCCUGGGAUCUCCAGAAUGCACAGUGCAUGAGGUCUGGUGCUGCUGACAGAGGGGCUGAACAUUUGGCAGUUAAUAACAAGGGCCACAAACCAUGUCUGGUUCCUAUGAUGAAACUGCGGCAUCUGCUGAAGAAAUAACUGACAGCUUUUGGGAGGUGGGGAACUACAAACGGACUGUGAAACGGAUUGAUGAUGGAUAUCGGUUGUGCAAUGACCUGAUGAACUGUGUCCACGAGCGGGCCAAGAUUGAGAAGGCAUAUGGCCAGCAGCUGAUUGAUUGGUCCAAGCGGUGGAGGCAGCUAAUAGAGAAAGGCCCACAGUAUGGCAGUCUGGAGAAAGCAUGGAUGGGUAUAAUGACAGAGGCGGACAAGGUGAGCGAACUGCACCAGGAAGUGAAGAAUAGCUUGUUGAAUGAUGACUUCGAGAAGGUGAAGAACUGGCAGAAAGAUGCCUUCCACAAACAAAUCAUGGGAGGCUUCAAGGAGGCUAAGGAAGCAGAGGAUGGUUUUCGGAAAGCGCAGAAACCUUGGGCCAAGAAGAUGAAGGAGCUGGAAGCAGCCAAGAAAGCCUAUCACCUGGCCUGCAAAGAGGAGAAACUGGCUAUGACCCGGGAAGCCAACAGCAAGUCUGAGCAGUCCAUCACCCCAGACCAGCAGAAGAAACUGCAGGACAAGGUGGACAAGUGCAAGCAGGAUGUGCAAAAGACCCUGGAGAAAUAUGAAAAGGUGGUGGAAGAGAUAAGCAAGUGCACCCCCCAGUACAUGGAGAGCAUGGAGCAAGUCUUUGAGCAGUGCCAGCAGUUUGAAGAGAAGAGACUCAGCUUCCUGAAGGAGGUGCUAUUGGAUAUUAAGAGGCACCUGAAUCUGGCAGAGAACAGCAGCUAUGCUAAAGUCUAUCGCGAUCUGGAGCAGACCAUCCGCAUAGCAGAUGCUCAGGAGGACCUCCGAUGGUUCCGCAACAACUGUGGCCCAGGGAUGCCUAUGAACUGGCCUCAAGUUGAGGAAUGGAAUCCAGAUGCCACACAAACAGUAACAAGGAGAGAGAAGCCCAAGAAGAAUGAAGGAGGCAACACACCCAAUGCUAGUAGAGCUGGGGAGUCAGCAGCACAGUCUGGGGACCGUGGCAGUGUGAGCAGCUAUGAUCGAGGGCAAGCCUACACUACAGAGUGGUCGGAUGAUGAGGGUGGCAACACCUACAACUCCAGUGAAGCUAAUGGUGGUGCCAACCCCUUUGAGGAGGAGACUGCUGGGAAAGGCGUGCGUGUGCGAGCUCUGUAUGAUUAUGAUGGGCAGGAGCAGGAUGAACUGAGUUUCAAAGCAGGUGAUGAAUUAACCAAAUUAGGUGAAGAGGAUGAACAAGGGUGGUGCAAAGGUCGUCUGGACAAUGGGCAGCUUGGUCUCUAUCCAGCUAACUAUGUGGAAGCCAUCUAGUUUUGUUGUGUUCUCCUCACUGCUGUCACAAAAAAAAAAAACCGACCCUCUGUCAUCUCCCAUCUCUCUAUGCCAGCCAAGUAGCCAUCUUGCCGUCCGUUCAUUCACUCAGCACAGUUAGAGAUCCAAACAUAUUUUCCAAUCAAUCUUAUUUUUUAAGAGCCAUCUCUGAAGAGUAUUUUGCAGUCGCUUUAACUUUUUUUUAGAUAAUGUGAUAUGAAAGGUCGAUACUGUGGUGGUGGGAGGUUAUUUUGUAAAUGAAAGUCAAUACCUCAAGCCCUUAAAGUCUAACCAACAAGGCUUCUGAUUGGUUGGUUUUUAAGGAUACUAUAUUAAUGAGCCGCCUUCCAAUUGGCUUGAACUGUUUCAAAAUGUCUGGCACUUAAGUUACUGGGGCCAAUCCAAUUCACCCUCUUUGAAUAGACCGAAGCCAGUAAAAUAAGGAGGAAGCUGGGUAUAUCCUCUUUGAGUUUAUUUCUCUCAUCCCCUUUCUAUAUAGUUUUUGUCUGCUUUUUCCUGCUUCAAAGAGAAAACAACAGAUACUCUUUUCCUUCACUGCCAAGCCCCAACCAAUAUCAUUGUGGUGCAAUAUUCAAGCCUCCAACUGAUCACCCCAAGCUAUUGCUUGAACUGAAGAAUUGUAUGCACAUGCAGUGACUCUCGAGCCCUCUGGUGCUGUUUUCACCUUUCAUGAGAUCAGAGCAUGCUGUAGUUUCUCAUCAGGCUUGGGCUCCAAGUUCAAACAUGAACAUCCUGUGCAAAUCAUCAAACCAUAUCUCACUGGCUUCUUUCUCCCAGCUUCUCUUUUUUGAACUGGGCUGCAUUCCCAGGAAUUAUUUUGAUGGCUAAUCAGAUUCAUUCUUCUACAGAAACCUAGUAAAAAAUUUUCUUCUAUUUCUGGUCUGGAAAAGACCUCCAACUAGAUGAAAGGCUGGUCUAGGAAAGCUAAUGGCUGUCUACCCAGCUCAACAAAGGAACUAUGAAUGGAAGAGGUAUCUGUAUAGUCCCAGAAAACUUCACUAGAAACUUGUUGAUGAUUUUUGACAGUUUCUCAUUCUUAACGAAGAUUUCCUGGUAAGAUGCUGAAGAUAAUCAGAAUUCUACUAGAAGCAAAUCUUUAAAUGGAACCCAAACCUUCAGGCAAAGAAAGUAGUCCCUCAACCACCUAGAGGCUGAUUGAGAGUCAUACAGUGUACUGGUGAAGAAACCAAGGAUUUGGCCCAAAUCCUAGGAGGGAAGUCAUAUCUCUGUACCAGUUCAGUACAUAAUAAAGGGAUGCAGCUGGUAAUUCAAUAUAAUUAUGACAUAGAAGUGAUUAAUUGGAUGGCAUCAGCUUGCAGUAAAUGCCAAAAGUAGUCCCACUCAAAAGUAUUCUUAAAGUAGUCAAAAAAAGAACCUGGUUAGAUUUCUGUACCCACGUGAACAGCAGUUGCCAUGACUGUGCAGAGAUUCUGAAUAAAGUUCCAAAGGGAGGGGAUACAUCCAGGCGAUAGCAGAAAUAUACAGAGGCUUAUCUGAACCUAUACACAGAAUCUGAGACUUAGAUACUGUCCCAUUUCCAAGUAUAACACAUAUACUUCUGAGAAAAGUUUUUGUAAUAGAAUGCUGAAUAAAGUACUAUAUCAUUCAUUUUGAGGUGUGUAGUAGCAUCCUAGGAUCUGAGCUCAAAAAUGCAAGGAAGGAGCUUGAGGACCAGCAGAUGUUUGCUGAAGUUAAGAAUUCUUGGGUCUUGAGUGAGCUUUAAUAAAGAGAAUGAGGACAUCAUCUAUAGAAGCUUGAAUUCAGUUGGGGAUUUAUGAUGCCCAGCUUUCAGAAUAGAUUGUUAAAUGCAAACACUUAAUGUCAGUAUAAGGAAAUAUGACCGGCUUUUUGCCAUUGGAGUGAAGAAGCUGGUUCUGUGGAAUAGCAUGGACCUCAUAACUGAGAAUCUGCUGAGAGUUUUGUGUGCUCCCAGACCAAAUGGACCUGGCUUUCACUAUCCAGAGAAACUCCUGUCUGCAGUGGAAGAAGCUAUUAUAUGAAAAGUAUGGAUGACAGUUCAUCUCCAUAUUUGGCCAAAGACAUCUUUGACUUUUAAACUGGGUUCUAAUUCAGUACCCUUUUAAUAAGUUAGAUCUUUCAGCAAGUUCCCAUUUCUGACUGGGAGCUGGACAAGAGAUUUAUAUCUGAAAAGGUAAACAAAUAACAAAUCAAUUCGUUAUAUUACCUAAACAGUCCAAAGCACAAUUGUGGCAAACUUCUGCUGUACCUACCCCACUGAGCAUAGUUCCUGUUAAUUUUGGUGGAGUUGGUGAAAGAUAACGUAUUAGUGGAUUGUAUUCUAAGAUGACUGUAAAUCAUACCUGUCUUCAUAUGAUUGUACCUAGUAAUGCCAAGAUAUUGAGAUGGGAAAUGCCAGCCCAAAGCUUCUCCACUACAUUGGAGAGGGAUCAACUCUGCUGUAGAGGUGAUUUGCUGUUAAGUUAGUUAUUAUGGGGAAAUCAUGCAAUAAAAGUCAGCAUUUCAACAUGUAAUGCAAAUGUCUCCAGUCAGUAUAAUUAACUUCAUUUCCUGUACACAAAUAGCUGGUUACAAGUUCUUUAUCCCCCCCCCCCCCCCCCCCGCACCCCAUUAUAACAGUAUUCUUUAUGUUUCUUUACCAAUUGAAUGCUGUCUGUGUUAGGUAUUCCCAACAUGAAACUAUAAGGAAAGAGAAACCAGUAUAAAUAGUGAAUGAGCAUAUCAACAGUAAUGGAGCAUAUCAUCAAAAGGGAAGCCUUUAUCCAAUUCUGUUCAUUCAUCAGUCUUUUAAAUAAUAAUAAUGUUUCAGUCCUUUAAGAACUUGUCCCUUCUUCAAACAAGGAAGCUGGAUAAAAUACCAUGUAUUUCUCCGUAUACCUUUUGUCGUCUCAUAUUUUGUUAUCUCAGAAGACAUUUCAUCAAGAUUUUUGAGUCAUCUCUUCUCUGGAGGAACCGGAAUAGCUAACUGUGAAAUAAUUUGUCAUGAGGUCUUUUCUCCAUUAGGGCACAAUGUCCUGACAUGAUGGUGCACAUCAACUGGAAUGGUCUCAUCUUCAGUCAACACAUAUUUUGGACCAGUGGCAUCAGAUGAUUCAAUCUUCCAGCCACCUCCCACUCACUAACUUGUGCUCUUUUCACAUAUCCCACCUCAGAGAAUUCACAUGACAUUUACUCCUGUUUUCCAGGACUAAUUUUUCUGUGUGUGGUUAGUGUACCUCUUUAUUAACAUUCUCUUGUUAAGGGUACCAUUUCACAUCUGAUUCAACCUCCAGCUGACUUAUGGGGGCUUAUGGCUAGUGUAGUGUAAAGUAGCUAGUAUAUUUUCUUGUUUUCAUGAAAUAAGGAUUCCCCAGUCUUUCUGUCAUCCCCUUCCACAACAAUCUCUUGGAUUUUUGUAAAUGCUGACCAUCACUCCUCCUCCAUUGCAGUCUGUUACUGCGAUCUAUUUAUUUUAUGAAUUAUUGGACCCAGUGACCAAGUGUUGUCCGUGAAUGAAUGAAACAAGCAGCAUACUGGAUUAAAUAGACAAGAAUUCUUCGACCUUCAACUACUUUUUUUUUGUUAGAUUAAAAAACUUUGAGGAAUGCUGUUGUCUCAGCAAUGCACCUGUUUUUGUAUAUUGACUGUGUAAUUUAAAACAAAAAGGUAUAUAUAUACAUAUAUAUAUAUUGUGACUGUAUUACUGUGUAUACAAAAAGAUGACUGAUCUAUGUAAAUGUUACAUGGAUUUUAAUUCUUGUUUGAUUUUCGUACUCUUAAUAUCUCCUGAUGUAGAUGUAGCUGUCAUGUUUACAAGGUGAGCUUCAUGCUGGGCUUGAUCAGGCCAUUGGUGUGGAAAGUGAACGAAAGGGUCGUUUUGACUGCCAGAGUGGUGGCAAUCCAGUACUGAACUUUCCCUCCUGAAUUUGAUUUCUCUCAAUCCAAACCUCAGGCUUAAUUUGACCUCCAGUCCUCACCUAAUCCAAAGAACAGACCUCACACACAGUUCUGCUCUGUUUUUGUUGUAUUCAGACUGUUUCUAAUGGACUUCUGCUUCGUUUGAAUGCAGAGAAUAUACUUUUGGGUAUGGUGAACUUUCUUGUUAGGUACCAUCUUGUUCUGCAUAGAAAGCGCUGGAUUUAGUUUUUCUGAUCUGCAUGGUAGGGAUCAAGAUGGGAACAAGAUAUAGAACAGAGAUACAAAUUGAAAUUGAUGGCAUGUAUAUUUUGUUAAAGGUAGAGAUGGUAGCAGGUUUUAUUUAAAGCCUUUAUCUUAACAAAAGAGAAUUUCCUACCAAAAUGGGUCUGGUGUCCCCCGCUCCCAGGUUGUUAGGCAGAAGGAAGCAGAGUUUAUUUAGAAGGGCUACCUCUCACUCCCUUUUCUGGAAUGCUACUCGUUGCAAGUACCGAGUUCCAUGAUGUCAGUGGCAAACACAGAGGCCAUGAUGGAGAGGCUGACACUUGCAGAAAUCUGUGUGCAUUGACAUUUAGCUUGCUGCUUUCAUAAUAACCUUUUGAGCACUUGCAACAGCAUGCUGAGAAUCAACGCACACAUCAUUCCAGGUGAACGCUCAGCCUUCACAUGACUGCUUCCAUGUAUGACACCUGGAACCUGAAAUGCAGCAUGCAUAGUGGUUACCACCCAUGGCCUGAAACUGAGGGCCAAACUACACAUUCUGUUAUUUAAUGAUUUUGGUCCAGGGUCAUUGCAGCUCUUCAACAGCUGCAGGGAAUGACUUUUUAAAAAUGAAGGAAGUCUGGAUGGGCUCAGAAUGCUGCUGUGUGAGGAGGAAGGGGUCCUGUCUUCCUCCCUUUCAAACUGUUUUCUGGUGUCAAAUCAGCACUUGGAGUUAUUUAUUUAUUUAUGCUAUUUUUGGUGCUGGAAAACAGCUUUGGAAAGAAACUGGGAGACUCCCUCUUGGCAGCAUCCCAAGCCCGAUUGGGCUCUAUUUUUUCAAAGCUAUUCCAGCCAACUGCUGUGUCGCUGCCAAGAACCCAAGAUGAAGAACCCAGUCCUAACUUGAUAGAAACUGGAACAUGUAGUUUGGCCCUCAAUGUGCGCAGUGGUUACCAUACUGCAAGUGGUCACAAGAAUCAGCCCUGAGUCUGCUGUUUUUGUUUGCAUGGCCCAUGGUCCACAUAGUGAAUGCUGGGGAGGGGGGGGGGGAGCUGUGGCCCAUUUCCCCACUUGUUCUGAUUAAAAGUUAUGUGUCACAUUGGGGGUGGAGGGCCUAUGCUAAAGAGUAUUGCUACAUUCAGCAAAGCUACAUACUAGCAGAUGGAGAUUAAUGUAUUUGUGUCAUGCCAGUCUGCCUCUUCCAUAAAAAGCAAAAACUAUACUUAAGAAAUACAAUAAUAAAAGGAUUAUUUUAUUCAUG